GUCCCCUGUUUGGUUUGGGCCACUGCUUCACAGAGCUGCUGAUUUCAGAUGGUUGCUGAAGCCGAUAGACGCGGCGAUAUUAGCAGAGCUAAGCUUGUGGGGAAACAAAGCGAGACAAAACUUUUGCCAUGUUCAAAAGUGGAAUGAAGAUCAUGGGGAUCACCCCUGAUCUGUUCCCUGAAACAACACUGGUACCGUCGGUCCCGGCGAUACCCUCUGCACGAUCCGCCUCCGCCUCUCACAAGGCCCGGAGGCGCAGCAGCGCAGGGGACUGUGCUGCCAGGCCUCGGCCUUUGCCUUCAGCCUGCAGGCCAGGCCCUAAAAGAGGCAGCAUGGAAGUGGGCAUGCGUGUGGUGCGCGGCCUUGACUGGAAGUGGGGAAACCAAGACGACGGCGAGGGGCACGUGGGCACCGUGGUGGAGAUCGGACGGCAGGGGAGCACGACAACUCCAGACAAGACGGUGGUAGUUCAGUGGGACAGCGGCACACGAACCAACUACCGUACAGGAUACCAGGGUGCCUACGACCUGCUGCUGUAUGACAAUGCUCAGAUUGGGGUCCGUCAUUCCAAUAUCAUCUGCGAUAGCUGCAAGAAGCAUGGAAUCAUGGGAAUGCGAUGGAAGUGCAAAGUGUGCUUCGACUACGACCUGUGCACCCAGUGUUACAUGAACAACAAACACGACCUCAGUCAUCCGUUUGAACGUUAUGAGACGGCCCAUUCUCAGCCAGUGAACCUGACGCCGAGACAGAACCUCCCACGCAUCAUCCUCAAAGGAAUCUUCCAGGGAGUCAAAGUUGUCCGUGGACCAGACUGGGACUGGGGGAACCAGGACGGUGGGGAGGGUAAGGUUGGGAAAGUGGUGGACAUUCGUGGCUGGGACACGGAGUCCGGUCGCAGUGUGGCCAGUGUCACCUGGUCCAACGGCACCACCAAUGUCUACCGAAUGGGCCACAAAGGCAAAGUUGACCUAAAGUACGUGUCGGAUGGUCAGGGAGGAUUUUACUACAAAGAUCACCUACCUAAGCUCGGUGAGCAUGCAGAGCUCCAGCGCCAGGAAAGCGCUGACGGCCACUCAUUUCAGCAGGGAGACAAAGUCAAAUGUCUGCUGGAGGUGGAUAUCUUGCGACAGAUGCAGGAAGGACAUGGUGGAUGGAACCCCAAAAUGGCCGAAUACAUCUGUCGGAUUGGGACUGUUCAUAGAAUAACCGACAGAGGAGACGUCCGGGUCCAGUACAGCAACAACAUCCGCUGGACCUUCCACCCGGGAGCGCUCACUAAGGUGAACACCUUUGGAGUCGGGGAGUUGGUUAAAGUGUUGGAGGAGCUGGAGACUGUGAAGAGACUUCAGGCUGGCCAUGGGGAGUGGACAGACAGCAUGACUCCUGUGCUUGGCCAGGUCGGAAAGGUGUUAAAAGUAUAUGCAGAUGGCGACCUACGGGUGGCAUUCGGAGGCCAGACUUGGACGUUCAACCCAGCGUGCCUUUCAGCUCAGCCUGCAGAGGUCGAUGCAAACCUCAUGACGGCCGAGAACCCCAACGAAUCUGGAAGUACUGUCAUCUCUGUGCUGGAGAAGCUGCUGUCUCAGUCCACAGAACAGGACAACCCCAGCAGGCUGGUGAUCGAGGCGGCCCACGGCAGUGCCAACAAAGUGCGGGAGUUGGUGCAAAAGUAUCCUGACAAGGUGGAUAUCAAGAACCAAGGCAAGACGGCUCUGCAGGUCGCCGCUCACCAAGGCCACACAGAAGUGGUGAAGGCCCUGCUGCAGGCCAACAGCUCCAUCGAGGUGAAAGAUGAAGACGGAGACACAGCAUUACACUACACUGCCUUUGGUAACCAGGCGGAGAUUGCACGGCUGCUCCUGAGCAAAGGGGCAAAUGUCAACGUACUGAACAACUCCAUGUGCACAGCGCUACACAUUGCCGUCAACAAGGGCUUCACUGACGUGGUGCGGGUGCUAACUGAACAUUCGGCUGACGUCAAUCUCCAGGAUUCGUACGGGGACACGCCGCUUCAUGACGCCAUUGCCAAGGAUUUCCGUGGCAUUAUUGAGAUCCUAGUCAUAGUGCCCAACAUUGACUUCACCCAGCAGAACCACAGAGGCUUCAACCUGCUUCACCACGCCGCCCUCAAAGGAAACAAACUGGCCACAGAAAAGAUCCUGGCUCGAGCUCGGCAGCUGGUGGACGUGAAAAAGGAAGAUGGCUUCUCUGCCCUUCACCUGGCUGCUCUCAACAACCACAGAGACGUAGCUGAGGUCCUAAUCAAGGAGGGACGUUGUGACGUCAACAUUCGCAACAACCGGAACCAGACUCCGCUACAGCUGGCCGUCACGCAGGGCCACACGGACCUGGUGCAGCUGCUGGUGGACGAGGGGGCCGACGUCAACAUGGAGGAUGAGGACGGCGACACGGCCAUGCACGUGGCUCUCCUUCGCCCCCAGCUGGCUAACGUCAUGCUCGCCCCGCCAGCAGGGGGCAGCAGCACAGAGGAGGGCAGUGAGGGCUGCUCGUCCACAUCGCUCUACUGCAGGCUGAACUCCUCGGGUCUCCUGGGGAACACUGAGCUGAACGUCGCCAUGGCUAUCGCCUGUUUCCUGGCGCAGGAAGGUGCUGACAUCAGCUACGCCAACCACAAGGGAAAGAGUCCGCUGGAUCUGGUAGCAGACAGCACCAUGCUGCAGCUCAUCAAGAACUUUUCUGAGAAGCACAGGUUGCAGCGUCUCCAGGCCAUCACAUGCGGACAGGGACUGAGCAGUGCAAGCCUGCGGCGCGUCCACACUACGCCCAACACCAUGACCAACCUGGUUUUUCCCACGCCAGCAGGUCCCAGUGAAUGCCUCAUCUGUUCAGAGCUCGCUCUGCUGGUUCUCUUCUGCCCCUGCCAGCACAGCGUGGCCUGUGAAGAAUGUGCACAUCGAAUGAAGAAAUGCAUCAAAUGCCAGGUCACAAUAACCAAGAAAAUAAGACAAGACCAAACUGAGGUGGACUGCAGCCCUGGCACAGAGAACUCUGAGCAGCACAACCUCCUGGAGCAGCUGCAGUCCCGCUACAGGCAGAUGGAGGAGCGCAUCACCUGCCCCAUCUGCAUCGACAACCACAUUAAGCUGGUCUUCCAGUGCGGACACGCCUCCUGCAUCGACUGCAGCGCCGCACUAAAGACCUGCCCCAUCUGCAGGCAGACCAUCCGGGAGCGGAUCCAGCUGUUUGUCUGAGCUCCGGACUGCCCUCCGAGGUCUGAUGACCCCAUAGAGGCUGCAGGAAGGGCUGCAGAGGUGCACCACUCUUGUGCCCCUCAUCCCUGCCAGUGAUCAAACAAUCACUCAACUUUUAUAAAAGACGCUGCUCUAGAUCGCUCUGAGUCCACUGUUACAUUUUAGUAGAUUUCCAUCUCGAGCAGCGCAGGAGCAUUGCUUUAAUUUUGAUUCCUGUAGCAGGUCUGACUCUUAACUGAGCCUGAGGCAAGUUAACUUAAUGCCCCCUUUUGAAUCCUCUGGUUGGUAAAGCAGCAGCGGAAAACAAACGGUUCCUCCUUGUGUCUCCUUUUCCCAUCCAAAGCUGUUGUACUUUGUCUGAUCUUUGCUGCUUUAAGUGGAUGUCUGUUACCCAUCAUCCUUUGUGGUUUUCCCGCCGCUUCUGUUUACACGUCUGCCUAGAGAUCAGUUGUUAUCCUCAGUCUCCUUAACCCGCGAAAUACAUCGCUCUCAUUUACGUCUAUCAACAGAAGGCUCUGCAGAGGGCUGGUAAAGCUAGAGGCUUGCUAUUUAGACCCCAAACCCCUCUGUCUGUAUGCACAGGGGGAAACACACUAUAAUGCAUGAGUGUAUGCAUAUUGUAAAGCUGAAAAUGACUCGUUUGCUACAGCUAAUCUGUGGUUUUGUGUUAUUCACUUUAGGGUUACGUUUUUGGUUGUCUAUAUAUUUCUGAUUACAGAAUUUUAUUUAUGUGUGAAAGUAUUUUAUUUUGUUUUCUUUGCUUAGCAAAAAAAAAAUGUUUUUAUAUUUUAGUUCUACUGAGGUUCAAUCCAAGCCUAUGUUUGCUACUCAGGGUAUCGCAUCUUGGAAAUACUCGGAAAAUAUCCAUAAAUGUUUUAAGAGCUUUUCCCAGACUCUCAAACUAUUUCCAUUACAGCACAUUGUAUAUAAUUGUUGCUGAGAGGAAGAAAAGUAACAAUAACAAAGUAAAAUUUGUUAAAAAAAAAAAAAACUUGGAUACAUGCAGGGUGUAUGCACAUUUAA